UCGAACGAGGCAUGCGCACAAGCGAGAAUGUCGAAAUGAGAAUGAUAAUUCAGAUUCUUGACGAUGACAGACGAUGAAAAUUCAUUUUUGGAUCGGUCAAAUUAAAAUUUGACAGUAUUAGUUAAUUUGGCAAUAUCAGCGUGCUGCGACGAUAAUUGUGAAAUCAGGGAGCUCGUGAUAAGUCUCAGCUUUCAACAAAUCGCUAUACGCAACUACGCACGUAUAACACAGGCACGUAGUGUACACUAGAGAGCGAAGGAUAGAAAGAGAGGGAGAGAGAGUAGGUAUCAUGCAGUAAUUCGAUGCGUUCAGUUGCGUUUGGUCGUCGCGUGGACGUGAUUGUGGAGUUGUAUUCUUCAAUGAAUUGACAAGAACACAAUAAAUAUGCGCUGGUUAAUCCUGUGUAUCCUUGCGGUUAUGCUGAUGCACAGCAUAGAUGGGAACGUCGAGGAGGCGCCGUUAACCAAACUCGGUGCAAAAACCGGACCGACUCUGAGAUUCUUUUAUUGCUACUCGUGCGGUUAUAGAAAAGCCUUCGAACAAUACGUAAAUAUUCUUAAGCAGAAAUAUCCAGAACUUCAUGUCGAAGGCGAGAACUUCAAUCCACCUGGUUAUCAUAUGUUAAUUGCGAAAGCACUGGGCACGUUAAAAAUACUUAUAAUUAUUUUAAUUGUAAGUGGAGCCAAUUUUGGUUUGCCCCUAACAUCGAUAUGGCAGUGGUGUAUAAAUAAUCGUUUUUAUUCCUGUAUAUUGAUUUUCCUGAUUGGCAAUGCCAUAGAAGGCCAGUUGGUCUCGUCAGGUGCAUUUGAGAUACAUUUCAAUGAUGUUCCUGUUUGGUCAAAACUCGAAACUGGCAGGAUACCACAACCACUGGAAUUAUUUCAAAUAAUUGACUUUCAUCUAGAUAUGCAAUUCUCAGAAAUGGAAAUGGAUGUAGGAAAGAUUAAGUUCCAAACAUAAGAUAUAAUGUUAUUUCAUAUUCUCUUGAUAAAUUUAAACUGUGUACCAUGCCAGAAAGAAUGCUAAUGGUGUAAUGUGAUGAAAAUAUGUACAAUAUGUAUUUGUUAAGUAAGUAAGGUCUUUAAUGUACAUCUUAUCAUAGAAUAUAAUUCCAUUAAGACUACAAAC